UAAAAAAAAAUGUUCAUUAGAACUUUGGUGCCGGUCUCGUUUGUGUCACACGUGUUUUGUCGACGUGCUACUUCAAUUGUAAAUAAAAAAUUUUUUAAUUUAAAAACUAAUCUAUUACAUCAAAAAGCAUUCAAUAAAAAAUAUUUAAAAAUGCAAAAAUACGCAGUUAUCGAAAAAGGUGUUCCAAAUUCAACUACUUACAGCAUCUAUUUCAGGGACGAAACAGGAAAUGCUAUCUCACCCCUUCAUGACAUUCCUUUAUUCGCUAAUGAUUCUAAGAACGUAUACAAUAUGGUUGUUGAAGUACCACGAUGGACAAAUGCAAAAAUGGAGAUUUCAUUAAAAACGCCUAUGAAUCCAAUUAAACAAGAUGUGAAAAAAGGUAAACUUCGCUUUGUUGCAAAUUGUUUCCCACAUCAUGGAUACAUAUGGAAUUAUGGGGCUUUUCCUCAAACAUGGGAAAAUCCUAAUUUCAUUGAACCAACUACUGGCUGUAAAGGUGACAACGAUCCAAUUGAUGUCCUUGAAAUUGGAUAUCGUGUUGCUAAACGAGGCGAGGUGAUGCAAGUUAAAGUACUUGGAUGUGUUGCUUUAAUAGAUGAAGGAGAAACAGAUUGGAAAAUUAUUGCAAUCAAUGUUAAUGAUCCUCUAGCUGAACAAUUAAAUGAUAUCGAAGAUGUUGAAAAAUUUUUACCUGGUUUAUUGAGGGCUACAGUGGAAUGGUUUAAGAUUUAUAAAGUACCUGAUGGUAAACCAGAAAAUCAAUUUGCCUUCAAUGGUGAUGCAAAAAAUGCUGAAUUCGCUGUAAAACAAGUUUUGGAAACUCAUAAAUUUUGGAAAGCUUUAAUUAGUAAAGAACUUGAAAGUGAUAUCAUUCAUUGCGCUAACAUAACACAAGAAACUUCUCCGUUUGUUAUAUCACAAGAUCAAGCUAAUAACUUAGUUGACUCUGCAGCCGAUGAUGGAACUCCAGAAGAAAUUAGUGACAUAGUUGAUAAGUGGCACUAUGUUUAUUUGAAGUAAAAUUGAAAAUCGUGCACUAAAUAUGUAGGUACCCACUUGCUGAGAUUGUUAUUCUAAAUGCACUGAGUUUUACGAUUCUUUAAAUAAAUAUUAUAUCAAUAACGAUAA